AUGAAAAAGGAAUUGGUUUUGUUGUGCGCAUUCAUAUAUUUGGCAACUGCAUUGAAUACAUCAUAUCCAUGUAAAUUGGUUAAAGUUGAAUAUGGAUAUAAUUGUGAGUGCACAGAAAGUUUCUGUGAUACUUUAAACAUACCAGAGCCUAAACUUGGAUUUAUCUUCGUAACCUCAUCGGAAAGUGGUUAUCGGUUCUCCUACAAACACGGAGAAUUCUCGCUGUACAACUCAUUUGAUAAAGCAAAUGUUCUAGUUAUUGAUCAAACCAUAAAACAUGAGAAAUCUAAGAUUGUUGGUUUCGGCGGCGCCUUCACCGGGACUGUGUCAUAUAUUUUGGAGCAAUUCUCACCAAAAUUGAGACAAUUAUUUUAUAAUGCCUAUUAUUCGAAAGAUACCGGAAUAGGUUACAAUUUGUUGCGCGUACCAAUCGGUGGUACAGAUUUUGAUUUGACAGCAUGGACCUAUGAUAAUGUAAAUGAAACCGAUACGGCGCUUUUAUACUUCAAAACCCUCGAUAAAAGAGACAUAGUACGUAAUCAACAAAUCAAGCAAUUGCAAAAAGUGUCUGGAAAUGAUGAUAUAAAAUUGGUAAGCGCCAGUUGGUUGGCUCCGCUGUGGAUGAAAGCGGGACAAAAAAUGGACGGCUAUGCUGAAAAUUGUAUUAUUCCAGAGUUUUAUGAAACAUGGGCAAAUCUGCACAUAAAAUGGUUGAAACUUAUGGAAGAUGAUGGCGUUAUGAUUUGGUGUCUGUCCACAGGAAAUGAACCAGACUUUAUGAAAAUAAUGGGAAAUGAAUGGUUAUUGACAAGUUGGAUAGCAGGUGAUCAGUCCGACUGGUUUGUGAAGUACUUGGUGCCAGCUUUGAAGAAAUCUGGAAAUUCAAAUAUUAAAAUCCAAAUUUUUGAUGAUAUGAGAAAUAGUAGCUUAGAAUAUUUGGAUGAGAUGACUGCACGGCACAAUGAUCUGAUGCAAUAUACAGAUUUUAUUGCCAUACAUGGUUACUUUGACGGAGUGUCAUCACCCGAAAUUCUAGGUGAAUUACAGGCGAAAUAUGACAAACAAAUUCUAUACACAGAGAUGUGUUUUGGCCUAUUUGAAGGUGUAAGAGCUGGAGCAUGGUCCCGAGCUGAAGAAAUGAUAGCCACACUAAUGGGUGCAUUACAACAUAAUGUUGCCGCAUACAUUGAUUGGAAUUUAAUGUUGAAUUCGACAGGUGGACCUUCAUAUGUUCAACAGCUGGAUGCCCCCAUUAUUACUAAUGAAGACUAUUCAGCAUUUUACAAACAACCUAUGUAUUUUGCGAUGGCACAUUUUUCUAAAUUCAUAGCGCCCGGUUCGUUUAGAAUCAAUUCAACGCUUCUGGGGCUUAACGAGACACAAGUAAGGACAGUGGCUUAUCUAAGACCUGAUAAUAAGGUUUGUAUUGUUUUGGUCAACAGUUUGGAAGAACCAAUUUCAUUAACGCUGGUAGAUGGACUGAAAGGAGAAACAAAACUACAGUUGAUACCUAAGUCAAUAAAUACAUUGAUCUAUUGA